CGCCACAAACAUCCUUUUACAAUACUCUAUUCAGGGUUCUCACGCACAGGUGUGCUGACCAGGAACUUCCAGGGCCAUUCAUGGCCACCCAUCCUUAGCCAUAUCCUUGGUCUUGUCAAAUUCUCAGAACUUGGAACAGGUCACCUCAACCUUUGCUAAGUCUAAAAUUUCCCACUGCUACUUUAAGUUUGCUUUAAGCCUAGUGCACUACGCCUGUCCACCUGCCCAGGCCAACCCUGGUGAAAAGCCACCUGGAUGGCAGGACGACAUCAGGAAGCCAAACCAGGCUGCUUGCAGGCCCUGUCCUUGCACCCCACCUCCCUCAGCACUCAGAACCAAGCCUGGGCCCAACUGGCUCAAGGAAAUACUGAACAGAUGAGGUGGACAAAGGAGUGACAGGUGCCCAGGACUUCAGGAGCAAAGGGUAGGGGGAGCCCAAUAAGGACCCUGUGAAUCCUCCUCACCCUGAGGGCACCUGCCUCUUAGGCCCACCCUAGCCUGGGGAGAUACCUGGGCUUUUCCUUGCUAAGCUCUCCGCCUUUUUCAGGACCCCUGCCCCAAGGCUGUCACACCCAACCAACAGGAGGGGCUGUCUCAGGGUGGCUGCCUGGGGCCCUGAGAGGGACCCAAAGGUUUUUAUAGCCAGGGAUGAAGGCCUCACCAGAUUAAGCCCAAAGAUCUUGCCUGCAACUGGUGCCCUGGUGUCUCAGCCUCAUCCAAGUUCCAGCCUCACCAGGUCCCGGCCCCUUUGCAGUCCCAGCUCCGAUGCCGGCCCACCAUCCCGCAGGCAUGCAGGGAGCCCAUGUGCUGCUGCUGCUGCUGCUGGGCCUCAGGAUACAGCAUUCCCUCGGAUUCAUCCCAGCUGAGGAGGAAGACCCAGCCUUCUGGAACCACCAGGCAGCCCAGGCUCUGGACACCGCCAAGAAGCUGCAGCCUAUCCAAACAGCCGCCAAGAACCUCAUUCUCUUCCUGGGGGACGGGAUGGGGGUGUCCACAGUGACAGCAACUCGGAUCCUAAAGGGGCAGAUGAAUGGCAAACUGGGACCUGAGACCCCCCUGGCCAUGGACAAAUUCCCAUUCGUGGCUCUGGCCAAGACUUACAACGUGGACAGACAAGUGCCAGACAGUGCAGGCACGGCCACAGCCUACCUGUGUGGUGUCAAGACCAACUUCCUGAUCAUUGGUGUGAGUGCAGCAGCCCAGUACAACCAGUGCAACACAACACAUGGCAACGAGGUCAUCUCUGUGAUGAACCGGGCCAAGAAAGCAGGGAAGUCAGUGGGGGUGGUGACCUCAACGAGGGUGCAGCAUGCCUCGCCGGCUGGUACCUACGCGCACACGGUGAACCGCAACUGGUACUCAGAUGCAGACAUGCCUGCCCAGGCGCUGAAGGACGGCUGUCGGGACAUCUCCAUGCAGCUCAUCACCAACAUGGACAUUGAUGUGAUCCUGGGUGGAGGCCGCAAGUACAUGUUUCCCAAGGGGACCCCAGACCCUGAGUACCCUGGUGAUGCCUCAAAGAGCGGAGUCAGAUUGGACAUGCGGGACCUGGUCCAGGAGUGGCAGGCCAAGCACAAGGGUGCCCGGUAUGUGUGGAACCGAACAGCGCUCAUUCAGGCGUCCCAGGACCCCUCCCUAUCACACCUCAUGGGCCUCUUUGAGCCAGGGGACAUGCACUAUGAGGCCAACCGAGACUCCCAGCAGGACCCAAGCCUGAAGGAGAUGACAGAGGCUGCCUUGCGUCUACUGCGCAGGAACCCCCGGGGCUUCUACCUGUUCGUGGAGGGCGGCCGCAUUGAUCAAGGUCAUCAUGCGGGAAGAGCUUACUACGCACUGACAGAUGCUGUUGCUUUUGAUGACGCCAUUGACAGGGCCAGCCAGCUCACAAGCGAGAAGGACACCCUGACCCUUGUCACUGCUGACCACUCUCACGUCUUCACUUUUGGUGGCUACACUCUGCGUGGCAGCUCCAUUUUCGGGCUGGCUCCUGAGAAGGCGAAAGAUGGCAAGGCCUACACCUCCAUCCUUUAUGGCAAUGGCCCCGGCUUCGCAGUCAGCGGGGGCUCCCGGUCAGAUGUCCGUGACAACCAGAGCAGGGACCCCAACUACAGGCAGCAGGCGGCCGUGCCCCUAUCGUCGGAGACCCACGCUGGUGAGGACGUGGCGGUGUUCGCGCGUGGCCCGCAGGCGCACCUGAUGCACGGUGUGCAGGAGCAGAGCGUGGUGGCGCACGUCAUGGCCUUCGCCGCCUGCCUGGAGCCCUACACCGCCUGCGGCCUGACGCCUGCUGAGCACGCGGAGCCCUCAGCCGGCCCCUGGGCAGGCCCUUCACUGGUUUUGCUGACUGGGGCGCUGCUGCUGCUACUGGGGACCAUUCAGCCCUGACUGCCCCAACCCUCACCCGAGGGCCCACCUCCCCCAGGGGCCCUGCACCAAUUCCGGGCCACUUAGUGCCAAUACUGAAUCCCCCUCACUGCCCCCAAGCUUCCCAGGGCCUGACCUUUACCCCGCGGUGCACACUGCCCCCACUCGGCCACCUUGGGGCUGGGCACCCUGGAGCUGAGGUGGUGGCUUCCUGACGCUCCCCAGGUUCUCCCAGCUGCUCAGGACUCCCAGUCCCCAACCUUGACUGCCAAGGAAGUUUUGUAGCAUCAUGGGGACCUGAGGUCCCCGGCACAUGGGGGGGUCGGGGGGGGGUCCUGGAGAGGGACAGCUUCCUGUCACCCUACAACCCAUCCUAAUGGAUACCUCCUGGCCCAUAGGCCCCUGUGACCAGUACACCUGGUGCCUCUGACAUAAAGCCCUGGGCUUCAUCAUCUAGGGGCCCAGUGGUACCAUUUCACAGAGGAGAUGGGGACACAGAAGAGAGGAGGCUUGUCCCCGUCACUAGGCUACUGAGGUGGUCGCCUCCCAAUGACCAUCCAGGCUGAGAGCUCCAAGGAACAUCGCGGAAGCUGCUGGUGCAGCGGGCAGCCCCAGAGCAGCCCUUGCCCCCACCCUGAGGCCAUGUGGGCACUAGGCAUAUAUUUAUAAACAGGGGAUUCCCUGCAUCCAGGGGCCUCUAUUCUGGG